AAAAUGAAAGAGCCCAGCCAGUCGAAGGUCAAUCACGCAUAGCGUCCCUUGAAGUGUGUGUGUCUACUUCGUGGCGGUACUGGGGCUGGCUGGCGGUGCAGUACGCGUUGAACGUACACAACAAUAACACACGUUAUUUACAUUCAGGACUAACCGCAGGUCAUAGCUACACGUGUGGGACUGCUUACGACUGCACUCGGAGUUAUUUGAUAUAAGCUGAGACGCGUUAGCCCCACGUGAAGACGAACCAUGGACGGGGGAGACUAUCCCGUUAGUAUGGACUUUGAUGGCGAGUUCGGGAUGGAGGUCAAUGCUAACAAGGUGAAAGACGUGGACGAGAUUGAGCCUGCCAUCUCCAACGGUGACGGUGAAGAACACUACAGCAAUGGAAUGGACAUGGACCUCGAAGCGGAGUUCGAUUCGCAGCUCAACGAUCUUAACAGAUCUUCGAAUGUCGGGUUGAGUGAAGCGAUUUGGUCAGCGCCACCGGAAGAAGAAGGUGAUAUUCCGACUCAGAAUGAUCCUGAUAUCGAGUUGCAUGAGGAGGAGGAGGAGGAGGAGGAUGAGGGCGAGCCAGAAGUUGAGGAACCUGCUCCUCUUGUUUAUGAUGCCCCUGAGGCGGAAGAGCCUCCAGAAGAUGUCAACGCUGGUGAGGGUUUCCUGGAUAACGACGCUGACAUCGCUACGGAAGGAUCGCUAGAUCUUGACAUUGACGAACCCGAUCACCAACGUCUCACGGAUCGUUACAUCCCGCUCGGAGCUGAGUUGGAUCUUGGCGGGAGCGAGGGAGAACAGGAACAGUUCUCGGUGGAGAAUCCAGAAACGGAGCCCCUGCAGCCAGAGCCGGAACCUUUACUUCAGGAGCCGGAGCCGGAGUCAUUACUGCAGGAACCGGAGCCGUUACAGCAGGAGCCUGCUGUGCAAGAUGAGUUUGAAGAUGAGUUUGAAGGACGUUUGGGAGCUGUGGAAGAGGAGCAACAACAACUGCUCGUGGAUGAAGGGGUUCCAGAGAAUGAAGUGGAGGCAGGAGCCGUAACUGAAGGAUCCUUGGAUCUAGAUGUAGGAGCUCAUGUGGAAGAUGAGGACGACGACGCAGAUGUCUUUGAAUCGAACGAGAGGUUAGAGUCGCCUUCAGCAACUUAUGUGAACACCACCUUAGCCAGCAACGCAUCCUCCUUGGGCGGCCACGAACCUGCCCCGGCACACGCCCAAAGCCUCAUCGAUCCAUACCGCGAUGACGUCAACGGUGAUGUGACGAAUGUUGAUCGAGGAGGUGAUGGGGUGAGGGUGGCAUUAGCAGUGGAUGAUAUUACAGUGAUAGAACCUACAACAGAAACAAAACUCUUGGACCACAAAGGAAACGGAGACGCGGUCGUACCCAUGCCCCUGAUAAGGAAGGGGUUCCCUCCCCCUUUCCCGAUUGGCUACAACGACGAGAAUCUGCACAAGGGCAACUGGGGUCACAAGAUGGAGUUCAUGUGUGCAAUCUUCUGCGUUAUCUUCAACAUCGAUAGCUUCGUCCAGUUCCCAUUUCUGAUGUAUGACAAUGGAGGAGUUGUGUUCCUGAUCCCGUACAUGACAGCCCUGUUUGCAUUGAUCCUGCCCCUGGUCCUGAUUGAGAUAUCCCUGGGCCAGUUCGCCAGCUGUUCGUUCCUGACCUGCUGGAAGUUCUGCCCGCUUCUGAAGGGUCUGAGUGUAGGGAUGCUGCUGCAGCUUCUGGGCUUCGCCUUCUUGUGGGGGCCUUUCUCCGGACACAGUCUCUACUACAUCUUCACCAUCUUCCUCCCGGCCGAUAACCUGUUAUACACCUCCUGCUCCAACGCCUGGAAUGACGAUGUCGCACCCUGCCAGUCCGUGGUCCCUGCCGUGGCCCUCGCGCCAGGAAUGAACGGGACUAAUUACACCAUGGCGGACGACCCGUUUGACGGGUCCUCGUAUCAGGAGAUGAUAUCGAACCUGACUGCAGUCACUCCGGAGUUUCAGUACUAUAAGAACCAAGUUUUGAUGCAGGUUGAUUCCACCAACAGUCUUGGAUACCCUCUGCAGCAUCUGAUGAUUGCAUUGGCCGUGGCAUGGCUGGUAGCCUUCCAUAUCAUCCUCUUUGGGAUCAAGUCCUUUGGAAAGGUUGCAUACAUCUUGUUCAGUGCUCACAUCCUCCUCCUAUUUGUGCUUCUGAUCCGUGGUGCCAUCUUGGACGGAGCUAUGGAGGGUAUCACAAUGCUCUUCUUUCCAGACGUCGGCAAACUCCUGGAAGUCCAGGUUUGGUCUAAGGCAUUCAACAGUGCCAUGUACACUUUUGCACCAAUGUGUGGGAUUCUGAUGUCUCUGAGCAGCUACAACAAGUUCCACAACAACUGCUUCAUGGAUUCUGUGGUACUCAUCUUGGGGGCGCUCUUCAUCAACCUCCUGUCUGCCGUCACAUUCUUCUGCUAUGUCGGGUACGGAAACAAGGUCUUGGACAUGAAACCCCUUAAUCUCACUGACCGAACUACAGGAGAAACCAUCUUUGUGAUGUUCACCACCAUCUUUGGAACCUUGCCGCACGCCAGGAUCAUGUCUUUUCUUCUCUUCUUCUUCACAUUCCUCUCAAGUCUUAGCUUCCAGGUUGUUGUGGCCAUCUCGUUAGUGAUUGGGUUCCUCGAUGUACUUGGAUAUCGUCAUUCGUGGAAGGCCAUCAUACCGGUCUCUUUCUUGGUCACCGUCGUGUGUUUCGGUGGUGGACUGCUCUUCAUCACACCGGAGGGGCCACAUUUCUGGGGUGUUCUCUACAAAUUCUUCUUGCCUCACAUUCCGUUCCUCCUGAGCAUCAUCAUGCCUUUGGCUCUCACUUGGAUAUACGGCACAAUACCAGCCUGGAAGUUCCUGAAGUUCCAGCGAGACAUCAAGGCCAUGGUGGGAUGCUUCCCCAUCGUCUUCCAAGGAUUGUUUGCUGGGCUAGAGGCGGUCGUCUUACCCCUGGUGAUCUCGGUUGCAUGGGUGUACAAUCUGUACCUUGUCUUCAGCGUCAUCGAUCUGAACUUUGUGGACUACCAAGGGUGGCACAUCGCCGUCGCCAUCAUCUUUGCUUUCGUUCCCCUCAUCAUCGGCUUCCUGUCGGGCGCCGUGAUGGAGCUCUGCAAGUAUGUGACGGUCUACAAAUACUUCACUGAGCUCUUUUGGCUUGCAUCGAUGCCUCUUCGUGAGUGGGGUCCUGCAGUGGAGGAGAACAGGACGGAACACGACUACCCCGUCGUCAAAUCCCCUGGAGACGAUCUCGUCGUUGCGGAAGGAAAAUACCGCGAAUACUCGCAAGAGAACGUCAACAACGCAAACGACAAUGGCCUGCAGCAGGGCCAUGGCUAUAACGUAUCCAUGAACAAUGAGGGCAGUAGUAAUCCGCCGUCACCUCGCGACAAGCAGGACAAUGUUUACCCGUCGAGUUGCGACACGUUGGACAGGGACCAAGAUCCAGCGGUGAAUUCAAAUGCGACGUUACCGGCCGGCACACCGUUGCUUGGACUCAGCUUGUGCUCACACGAGACCACAUUGUAGCUCAAGCUCUCCGAGAGACUUUAAUGACAUCAUGCAAGAAAAGAGACUGCAAUUGAUGCCAAAAGCACGAGAAAGGGAAUUAUUUUUCUCAUGAAACAGACAUCUGUUCCUCUUUACCACUUCUUUCUAUUUAUGUUUUGCUAGACAUCAUUUUUAUUAAGAAUGUAAAUAAACUUUUUCAUCUCUUUUUUAUUUUGUGGAUAGUAAUACGUUUAUAUUAUUUGUAUCAGUGCAUAUAUUUUCUUGAAGAAAGAGUUUUUUUUUUUCUUUUCAUAAUCAGUAGAUCAGAUUGGAUUUUUGUUGUUCUGUUUAUCACUUCAUUUUUAUGUAAUAGGUCGAAAUAGAAACCGAAAUGGCUGAAAAAUUUAGGCAAAACUCUAAAUCUUGUUAUGUG